AUGUCUCCCCGUGGUAAAAAAACAGCCCUGCGGCCAGAAGAAGAGCGACGCUUGUUGGACGAGUACGGAAUCUUCUUCGACGGCCCGUUACUACCACGCGAUUGGCCACCUGCAUAUCGGCAGAUCUUUGAGACCAUUCGCGAGAUCGGACGAGAGACUUACGACACCUACGGAAACGAUGGGAGACUGGAUGGCCGCUUGACUGUGUUAGCGAAUGUUCCACAGAUCAAGACAAGAGCCUGUGAGCUUCGAAUCGAGGCGUAUCGGUGUCGGCAGAAAAGAGUCAAUGAAGCUACAUGGAGGUCCGAAAUUGAGCGUUUCAUAAUCAGCCCAUUCAAGGCGGAGGCUGUAUGUGCUAAGUGUGGAAAACGGUUCUGGGAGGCCGACUUUCAGGCAACCCAAGUUGAAUACACUGUGAACGAAGACCUACAAAACAGACGUACGAGACGGUUGCGUUGUAUCUGCAGCAACGAUGAAAGAAUCCUGGCCAAUGUUUAUGACCAGGGGUCUAACCUGUUGUUCACUGACCUUUUGCAAACCACUGUUUUGUAUCAUCCAGAAGAUCGGUUAGCAGAGAAAGGUGUGACUCAGAGAGAGCCGGACCGGAUAGUUGGACUAGAGCAUACUAACACUCUGAGACAACUUCUGCCGGGGUCUGAUAUAAUACGGCAUAGCCCUUUUAAGGACAACCUCAUUUCAUAUCCGUUUCUCAUUAUCGAAGCCAAAUCAGAGAAAGGCAGCCCAGGUUUUGAGUCUGUGGAGAGACAGAGCGCUUUCCCUAUAAGGACACUGCUCAAGCUCCAAGCUGAUUUGCAGGCAUUAAAAAACAUCCCCAUUAAUCCCCUGGUAUGGUUUAUGGCAAAUCAAGGAGAUGAGUGGCGUGUUUAUGCAUGUAUAGUUGAUGACACAAAAUACAGAAUCAUUGACCUAUGGCAUGGAUGCAUGCUGUCCUUGGAUAAUACGCUGCAAAUCCUAUUAAUAGCUGACCACAUUUGUGAUUGGGCUCGAGCUAUUUUUUUACCAAAUGUUCUCCGUUGCCUUCGCGGCCAUCACGAAAUUCCGCGUGGUGUGACCCCUAUAUCUGCGUAUAGUAUUAUCACUACAACUCCAAUUGACCAAGAGAAUUGUACGUUGGGUAAUCUGAACGCCAUUACUAGACGAACCCAUAGCUUGUCGCUUGAAUCAGUGCCAGGCGGUUCUUUUGAUGCUACUUCUCAUGAUAUCCGGUUUACGGACGAUGAAAGCCAUUCCGACGAAACCUUCAACAACGACGACGAUCAUCCAUACUUGCGGUUCUCAAAGGUUGACAGUAAUCCUCUGCCUUGGCGGAAACAUGCUACCAUUCGACAUGCAAACAUGAUUCUCUUUUCAUUCCACAUAUUCUCCCUUCCUGAAGAGCCAGCCCAAAUCAAUAGUUUAUUGAAAUUUUUGGGCGAAUCAGAUCUGGGUUUAUCGAUCGCUUGCUCCCACUUAUGGAACCUCUUGGAGGAUAGCGAAAGUGUCAUGGUUUCCAUGAACGCAAUUUAUGAACUGGAGAGCAUCUGGACUGGGAGAGAGCAUCGACUGAGUUCGAUUGGUGAUUACCCAGUCCGUGCCAAAGUAUUAUUCCACACAUAUAUCCGUGAAGAUUGGCAAGUGGUUAGAGAGAUUCAUUGCAUUGUUGCAUCUCGAUUUGCACUCAGGGCUUUGAUGCAGAUGACCAGCAUGGUCCAAUCGUCGAAUGUGAAUUCUGGAAUUUUACCUGACAUUAGCCUUGUGACGGCUCGCAUACAUGCUCUGCGAUGCUUUUCAGCAAGUCACUCUCUUGCUGCUGCGCUCGGAGCAGGGUAUCUUCGCUUGAGGAUAGAGCCAUCGCAUGGUGGUUCCACCCAUUCGUGGGUGUUGAAAGGCCUAAAUGAACGAAGUCCACUUCUUGAUCUAGAAAUGAAGAUUGCGUAUAAGCAAGCAUGGAAUCCUACUUCUUUGAAGUACGAUGCUGUUGUAUGCAGUUCCGAGGCGCCAAGUGAACUUGGGGAUUUGUAUGGCCCGACUAGCAAAAUGGACCAGACAGGUGCUGUGUUGAUAAAAAAGCCAUUCUCAUGGAGUGCGGAAUCACCGGAAUUUUGUCUGAUUAUUUUGGACGGCACGUCUUUCAGGGAUGUUGCGGAGCUAGGACGGAAGUUGGCACAAGCCUACGAAGCUACUAACAUUUACGUGACAGGAUAUGAUAGGGAAAGUAGGAUGCAUCCUCUAUCGGAUGAUGAUAAAAUUGGAAUUCUACGCUGGGUAGAUAUACUGUCUGGCAGUCUACCAGAGGAUUCGGUGUGGUUAAUAGAAUAA